UCACAUACCUCUCCCAGCUCAAAUUCCAUCGCUCACUCUCGCUUCCUCACUACUCUCUCUUUCCGCUGGUCUCCAAAUCAACCUAGUGAGCACUAGUAGUAGUAACUGUGUAUUGCAUCCUCCCGAUAUUUUCUUCUGAUCAAUUCUGUGAUCGGCGUCGGAAAAAAUGGCGGCUUCGUCAUACUCCGCGACUCCAACGGCUAUGAGAGCAGAAACAUUGACUCGUUGCUGCUAUUCAACGACUUCGAGAUUAAUCGGUUUCAGUUCGUUACACACGGGUUCGAAACUGCUUUUCACGACAAGUUCGGAUUCCCGGAGAGCCAAGCGAUCUCUUUACAUCAAGAGCGCCUCCAGCGUCCCCGAGCAAGCACUGCAGGAUACCUCCACUCGCCUUGACGAAGGAGCUUCAGGUGAUCUAGUUUCCUUUACGCCUGAUGCGGCAUCAAUUGCCUCAAGUAUCAAGUACCAUGCCGAGUUCACACCGGCAUUUUCUCCUGAGAAAUUUGAGCUCCCUAAGGCUUUCUUUGCCACAGCACAAAGUGUUCGUGACGCGCUCAUCAUAAAUUGGAAUGCAACAUAUGAUUAUUAUGAAAAGAAAAACGUAAAGCAGGCAUACUAUCUUUCUAUGGAAUUUCUACAGGGUAGAGCACUUCUUAACGCAGUUGGCAAUUUGGAACUCACUGGUGCAUAUGGAGAAGCAUUGAAGAAGCUUGGUCACGAUCUAGAAAAUGUGGCUUCACAGGAACCUGAUGCAGCUCUUGGAAAUGGGGGCUUGGGCCGCCUAGCUUCAUGUUUUCUAGAUUCCUUGGCAACACUGGAUUAUCCAGCUUGGGGUUAUGGACUUAGAUACAAGUAUGGCUUGUUUAAACAGCGCAUAACAAAAGAUGGUCAGGAGGAGGUUGCUGAAGAUUGGCUUGAAAUGGGAAAUCCUUGGGAAAUCGUGAGAAAUGAUGUCUUAUACCCUGUGAAAUUUUAUGGUAAAGUUGUCACCGCUUCAGAUGGAAAGCGGCACUGGAUUGGUGGAGAAGACAUACAAGCAGUAGCAUGUGAUGUGCCAAUUCCAGGAUAUAAGACCAAAACCACAAUAAAUUUACGAUUAUGGUCUACGAAGGUGGCAUCAGAACUCCUAGAUUUACAUGCAUUCAAUUCUGGAGAGCACACUGCAGCAUGUGAAGCCCAAUCAAAUGCCGAAAAGAUCUGUUAUAUUCUCUACCCAGGGGAUGAAUCAGCAGAGGGGAAGAUCCUUCGCUUAAAACAACAAUAUACCUUAUGCUCAGCUUCUCUUCAAGAUAUAGUUGCACAAUUUGAGAGGAGAUCACAGGGGCAAGUGAAAUGGGAUGAAUUUCCUGAAAAAGUUGCAGUGCAGAUGAAUGACACCCACCCAACACUCUGUAUACCGGAGCUGAUGAGGAUAUUGAUAGACUUGAAGGGUAUGAGUUGGAAGGAAGCUUGGAAUAUUACCCAGAGAACUGUGGCAUACACAAACCACACUGUUUUGCCUGAGGCACUAGAGAAAUGGAGUUAUGAACUAAUGCAGAAACUGCUUCCUCGGCAUGUAGAGAUUAUAGAGAUGAUUGAUGAACAGCUGGUUGAUGACAUUUUAUCAAAAUAUGGCACAUCAAAUCCUGAAAUCUUGGUGAAAAAAUUGAACACGAUGAGAAUUCUUGAAAAUAUUGAUUUGCCAGCCUCUGUGACUGAUUUACUUGUUAAACUUCAAGAAAACAAAGCUGAUGAUUCUAGUGAAAGCCUUGAAGUUGAUGAUUCUAGUGAAAGCCUUGAAGCUGAUGAUUCUAGUGAAAACCUUGAAGCUGAUGAUUCUAGUGAAAGCCUUCCAGUUCAUGAUGAGGCUGCACUUGUGGAUGAAGAUAAUGAGGAUGAAGAAGAGGAAGAUAUUGAGAAGAAGAAAGAUGCUAUCACUGAACCGUCUCCUCCGCCUCCUCCGCCUCCCAAAAUGGUCCGAAUGGCUAACCUUUGUGUUGUGGGCGGUCAUGCUGUUAAUGGAGUUGCUGAGAUUCAUAGUGAAAUAGUGAAGGAGGAGGUAUUCAAUGACUUUUAUGAGCUCUGGCCCGAGAAAUUUCAAAACAAAACAAAUGGUGUGACUCCAAGAAGAUGGAUCCGAUUUUGCAACCCAAAUCUCAGUGAUAUUAUAACCAAAUGGAUUGGUACUGAAGACUGGGUCUUGAAAACUGAGAAAUUGGCAGAAUUGCGUAAGUUUGUAGAUAUUGAAGACCUUCAAAUUGAAUGGAGAAGAGCAAAAAGAAGCAACAAGACUAAGGUUGCUUCUUUCAUCAAAGAAAAAACAGGGUAUUCUGUUAAUGCUGAUGCAAUGUUUGAUAUUCAGGUAAAGCGUAUUCACGAAUACAAGCGACAACUGUUGAAUAUAUUGGGGAUUGUUUAUCGUUAUAAGAAGAUGAAAGAAAUGACUGCAGUGGAAAGACAAGCAAAUUAUGUUCCUCGAGUUUGUAUAUUUGGAGGGAAAGCAUUUGCCACAUACGUCCAAGCCAAGAGGAUUGUGAAAUUUAUCACCGAUGUUGGGGCUACAAUCAAUCAUGACCCAGAAAUUGGUGAUUUAUUGAAGGUCGUAUUUAUUCCAGAUUACAAUGUUAGUGUUGCUGAAUUGCUGAUCCCGGCAAGCGAGCUUUCACAACAUAUCAGUACUGCUGGAAUGGAAGCCAGUGGAACUAGCAACAUGAAGUUUGCAAUGAAUGGUUGCGUAUUAAUUGGAACACUGGAUGGAGCUAAUGUUGAAAUAAGAGAGGAGGUUGGAGAGGAUAACUUUUUCCUCUUUGGGGCCAAAGCUCAUGAGGUAGCAGCCCUUAGAAAAGAAAGAGCUGAAGGCAAGUUUGUACCAGAUAAACGUUUUGGAGAAGUCAAGGAAUUUGUAAGAAGUGGUGCUUUUGGGUCUUACAACUAUGAUGAGCUACUAGGAUCUUUGGAAGGCAAUGAAGGCUUUGGUCGUGCUGACUAUUUCCUUGUGGGGAAGGAUUUCCCAAGUUACAUUGAAUGUCAAGAGAAGGUUGAUGAAGCAUAUCGAGAUCAAAAGAGGUGGACAAGAAUGUCUAUCUUGAAUACAGCAGGCUCUUACAAGUUCAGCAGUGACCGAACAAUACACGAGUAUGCGAGGGACAUAUGGAACGUUCAACAUCUUGAGAUACCGUAAAGAAAACAUGGAAACAGUGGGUAAUAUAUAUGCACAAGUUGAAGAAAUGUGAUGCUACUUUGUAAUAAAAUAGGAUCAUCUACCACACCCUUGCAUUUUCAUGUUUCCCUAAUCCUCUUUUCCUGCUGGACCUCCAUGAGGUAACUUCAGUGAAAGUUUUAAUUCCUUUCUUUUUAUGGCCUGCAGUUGGUACAAUUAUCGCUUUUGCCUGUAAAUAUUCUGCUACGGUGAUGUAAAUAUGUAUUGAAUAAAGUACUGAAUAACAUCAAACAACAACAUCUUGACGAGUACUGAA